AUGGGCGAUGAGAACUGCUCGGCUGGCGGAGGAGGAGGGGCCAUCACCAUCGACGGCAACGAUUUGACCUUCGCAGCUGUCGCCCCCGCCCUGGAAAAGCUUGAUGGCCAGAUUGCGGCGACGAGGGACAGCCAGAAGUUGUUGAAUCAAAAUGUGGAGGUACUCUCUGAGUUUCUCCACGAGCUGAACAGCAGCGAUGAGCCCUACGACCUCAUCUCCUACGAGCUGAAGCUGAUGGAUUGUAAGAAGAGGAUAGUGACGACAGGCACUCAGCUUGGCAAUAUACACGAUCGCCUCAGCAAGCUACAGCGCCAGAUCGCCCGUGAGGUCUACAAGAAGAAGCAGCUCGUCAAGACCCAGCCUGCCCCUUCUGCCCCUGGGCUG